AUGAAGCGCUACUUGUCUUAUAAGGAUGAAAUGAAAAGACUUGAAGAUAUGCUUAGAGAUAUACCAACCGAUGAGGAAUCAAUAAAUGAAGAGGAUGAAGAAAUAAAUGAUGAUGAAAUCUUUAGCGAGCACAAUUCUUCUUCAGAGGAUGAUCUUGAUUCUGAUGAAGAUUUAUAUGAAAGCACAGACAUUUUGUCUCAAAACUGCUACGUUGGCAAAGACGGCACAAAAUGGAGCAAAAUUAAAAACCGUCAAAAUGUAAGAAUCCCUUCUCACAAUGUUAUUCUAAAAUUACCAGGAAACAUUGGUGAUGCAAAAAAAGUUUCUUCCGUAUUAGAUUCCUGGCAGCUGCUGAUUGAUGAUAGUAUCCUAUUGAAUAUCGUAGCUUGCACAAAUAAAUUUAUAGAGACUAUAGCACAUAAUUUUGACAGAGAUCGUGAUGCCAAAGAAACUUCAAUAAUAGAAAUUAAAGCACUGAUUGGUCUUUUGUACUUUGGAGGCCUUCACAAAUCCUCGCAUGUGAAUGUCAAAGAUCUCUGGGCUACGGAUGGAACAGGCCUGGACAUUUUCCAUCGAACCAUGUCUCAGAAGCGUUUUUUGUUCCUAUUACGAUGCUUACGUUUUGAUGAUAUUACAGACCGUGCCGAGAGAAAACAGGCAGACAAACUCGCACCAAUAAGAGGUAUGUUUGAAAGUUUUGUAAGCAACUGCCAAAAUUGCUAUACUGUGGGUGAAUACAUAACAAUUGAUGAAAAACUUGAAGCUUUCAGAGGACGAUGCAGUUUUCGUCAAUACAUCCCCAACAAACCUGCCAAAUACGGCAUAAAAGUAUUUGCUCUUGUAGAUUCCAGAACCUUUUAUACUUGGAAUUUAGAAAUUUAUGCGGGUAAACAACCUGAUGGCCCGUAUAAGACAAAUAAUUCUGGUGAUGAAAUCGUAAAGAGACUAACAGAAAAACUCGCAAAUUCUGGAAGAAACCUAACCGUUGAUAACUGGUACACAAGCUAUAAUUUGGCCAAGGACCUACUAAAGAAAAAAAUUACGCUUGUGGGAACAAUUAGAAAAAAUAAACGAGAAUUACCCAAGGAGUUUAUCACAGGAAAAAAUAGAGAAGUACAUUCCUCUUUGUUCGGCUUCCAGAAACACAUGACAUUAGUUUCGUAUGUUCCCAAAAAGAAUAAAUGUGUAAAUGUCAUCUCAACAAUGCACUAUGAUGAUUCAAUAGAUCCAUCAACUGGAGAUGCAAAAAAGCCUGAGAUCAUAACCUUUUACAAUCUUACGAAGGGAGCUGUUGAUGUCGUAGAUGAAAUGUCUGCAAACUUUUCUACUGCACGAAUUAGUAAAAGAUGGCCAAUGGUGGUGUUUUUUUCUGUUCUAAACACAGCGGCUAUAAAUGCUCGUGUGCUCUUAUUAUCAGCCAAAAGCCAAACAGCAGUCAAAAGUCGACGACAUUUUUUGAAAGAACUUGCUUUGGAGCUGAUAAAAGAACAAAUUCAAGAGAGAAGCACGCAACUAUCACUUCCUCGAAAACUGAGGCAACAGCUCAUCGAGCACUGUUCUCCCAGUCAGGAUAGUGAGCCACCAAAAAAACUACAAAAAUGUAGCCAAAAGAAAAGAUGCCACAUCUGCCCAAGCAAAAAGGACAGAAAAUCUGCAAUUUGCUGUACCAGGUGUAAUAAAAAUAUCUGCAGCGAGCACACGAUUUAUAUUUGCAAGGAAUGUGAAUAA